AUGUUAAAGAGUCGAUUUCUUAUAAAUGGUAAAUUUAAUUUGUUGAAUUUUAUUCGAUCAUUAAGUUCUAUUGUUGAACAAUCAACACCUUUUGAUUAUUUACCAACAAAUAAAUUAAAAUCGAAAAAAAAUCGAAAAAAUGGUUUAACAGAAAUUCGGGCAUCUUAUUCUAAACCAGUUACAAAAACUUAUCUCAAUGAAUUACUUGAAGAUUGGGGAGAAUAUGUUGAUGGAAUUAAAUUUGCUGGUGGUUCAUUUUCAUUAAUGCCUGAAAAAUGUUUACGUGAUAUAAUUGAUAUAGCACAUAAAUAUCAAUGUUAUCUUUGUACAGGUGGAUUUAUUGAAAGAAUUUUAGCUUCAUCAGCUGGUCAUAAACAAAUUAUUAAAAAAUAUUUAAAAACGUGUAAAGAUUUAGGUUUUGAUGUAAUAGAAAUCAGUUCAGGUUUUCUUAGUAUUCCAAUUGAUGAUUGGUCUGAACUUAUUAAAUUAGUUAAUUCUUUUGGUUUUAAAUCAAAGGCAGAAGUUGGUAUUCAAUGGGGUGCAGGUGGUGAUGCAUCUAUUCAAGAACUUGAAAAUGCUGGUACACGUCAUCCGGGAUGGUUAUUUGAACGUGCAAACAAAUUUAUUGAUGUUGGUGCUCAUAUGAUAAUGAUUGAAUCUGAAGGUAUUACGGAAAAUGUUAAAUCAUGGAGAAAAGAUGUUAUUUCAGAAAUAACAUCAAAUUUACCUAAAGAUAAAAUAAUGUUUGAAGCAGCUGAUCCAAAAGUAUUUUCAUAUUAUAUUGAAAAUUUGGGUGCAGAUACAAAUUUAUUUAUUGAUCAUAGUCAAAUUGUUCAAUUAGCGUGUCUUCGAAAAGGUAUUUGGGGAACAAAUAAAACAUUUGGAAGAAUAGUUACUUUUCAAAAUUAA